UGGCUGGCCGGAGGGGAAGGCGGCGAUUGGCCGGUUCGAAGGCAACGGCGGUGGGUGAGGCUAGAGCUGCUUCAGCUCCCGCGGAGAUUAUGGCGGUGGCGGAGUUGCUGCUCCGCGCUGUGGAGCGAUGGGGCCUUCGCAGCGUCAGCCAGGCUUGGGUUGACACAGCCUGGGAGCUAGAUUUCACGGAGACAGAACCUUUGGAUUCUAGACUAGAGGGCGUGAUUACAGACGAUGGUUUGGAUGCUUUCUCUCAACUCUACAAAGCUCUCUAUCUCUUCGCUGCAGAAGACCACAAAACCACUGAAAGCGCCUGGACCCUGUUUGUGGAGAACAAUAUCUCCCACAAUGCCCUUGUUGCUGUGUUGUAUCACUUCGUCCAAGAGGCCCAGAGUAAAAAGGCCGAUGUUAAUCAGCGGUUGUUUGCUCUUCAUGCUGCUGGACUGUACUUCUUAUUAGUUGAAAUUCCAGGCAGCAUCGCUAAUCGGGUGUUCCAUCAGGUGAUGUUUGAAAAAUGCCUUCAGACCCUGUCUAAAUGCUGGCCCCAGGAGUCAGACCUGCCUAGAAAAAGGAAAAAAGAUCACAGCAAAAGCUCGAAAGGUGAUAGGCAGAAAAGGGGAAGGUCAUCAAGAAAAGAAAACACCCCGAUGGAUGAGAUCUUUGAAGAAGAGGAAGACCAGGAAGAAGAAAUUUACUUCUCUGCUCAUGAGCUGCUUCAAAUACGGGAGUCCCUCUUCUUCCUUCUGAAGAAUCUUCUGCGGCUUCUCUCCAAGUUCUCCCUGAAAGAGAGGCCACAGUGUGUGCAGACUUGCAUUCAGAUCUUUGUUACAUUGAUGAGUUUUGAGCCAUGCCCACACGGAUUUGAGCCUUCAGAGAAGAUGACCAUCGACCAAGCCAAGUAUGUCCCAGAGCUUGCCUACUUUGGCUUACAGCUGUUGUGCUCUCCGCUUCACAGUCUAGAAGAUAAGGUUCUGUGUCUUGUGUUUCACCGUCUUCUCAAUGUCAUCCUCAUGUGCGCACGGAGAGACAUUUCCAGUGGCACAUCAGCCAUUAUUCUGUCUCAGGUUACUGGUGCUAGGAACCUCGCCGUCAAAUUCAUCAGCUCUCUAACUGAGGAAAUGAAAGAAGUUGCCUUCCCCGUCUUGCGAAUCUUACUACAGCAUAUUUGUGUCAAGGUCCCCGAUAAAUCUGAAUAUCGAACAUAUGCAGCACUGUCUGUGGCGCAGCUGUUGUACAAACUCCCAUGUGCAGAACAUGCCGACUUCAUCGCUUGGCUGUAUCAAUACUCGCACAAUAACAAGAUCUCCUACAGGGUCUUUGCCCUUGAUGUGGCCUUGGCCCUCUUGGACCUUCCAGAGCGGGUACAGGACAUCUCCUUGUCUGAGGAACAGCAGAUGUUCCUGAAGCACAAGUUCUUGGUGCAGGACAUGGUCUUUGGCCGGUGCUCGGACAAAGCUCCGACUGUCCGCAGCAAAGCACUUUCGAGUUUCGCUCAGUGUCUUGAAGCGAAAGCCACCCUGAACAUAGAGAACAUCCAGGAGCUACUGCAGGGCACUGCUGGUUCUACAGGACAGGACUCAAACAUGCCUGCAGGAACAUCCGUAGCCAACACAGAAGGUCCUUCCAGCCAUCGUCAGAAGACUUUCCCAACUUUCAAAACCAUUGAGGUGACUGAGCGAGACACCACUCUCUUUGAUGGAAAAGAGAUCAUGACUAUAUUGAGGCUGAGAGCUGGUGAUGAGAAGACAAAUGUUAGGAAAUCUGCCCUGCAGGUGUUGAUGAGCAUCUUGAAACACCAUGUGAUUUCCUGCACCCCAGAAGACUUGGCCACGCUCCAGGAUCGAUGUCGCGAUCCUGCUGUCUCUGUGAGGAAGCAAGCCCUGCAAUCUAUUACCGACCUCUUAAUGUCUCAGCCAGAAAAUGUUCUGAUACAGAAGGCUUGGCUGACAGGAGUUGUCCCCGUUAUCAUGGACUGCGAGAACUCUGUGCAAGAGAGAGCCCUGGACUGCCUUGACCGCCUCUUGCUGCAGCCUAUUAAGCACUGUAAUAAGUUCACGCAUCAGGACAGAAGCCAAGUGCUGGCCUGGGAUCUCCUUACACUCUUCACAAAAGAGAGUCAAGAAUUGAGCCGCUAUUUGAACAAAGCUUUCCACAUCUGGUCCAAGCGGGGCAAAUUUUCCUCCCCAUUUGUCAACAGCAUCAUCUCCCAUACAGAAACGGAGCGUGCCACCCCUGCUUGGAUGCUGCUAGCAAAAGUGGCCAGCUCUUCAUCCAAGCUAGAUUACUCCAAAAUUGUUGAAGUCUGGGACAGUAUCAGGAGGGAGCGUGAUGCCAGCUCAGAGACCACAGUUUACAUUCUGUGUGUCAUUGGGAGCAUUGCAAAGCACCUGCCCAACAGCAUCCGAGGCAGACUGAUGGAUGAUUUCAAAUGUUGGCUGCAGGACUUCCAGUGUCCUCUGGAGGCGAUUAGCCCAGCUGUAGAGACUAUUCAGAAGCUCUGCUAUGCCUCCACAGAUGCCCCAAAGGAGGCACAGGAUAUGCUGAACAAGAUCUGUGGGGAUCUUCUGACCACAUGUGAGCACUGCAUCUCAAGUAUAGUCCUCCAAGAGUACAGAGCAGAGCAAGAGGAUGUCUUGGUGAGACAUCUCUUCAUCUUGGGUGAGGCUGCUCAGCUGUGUCCGGCCAAAGUGGAAAAACGUAUCUUCUUGUUGAUACAGUCCAUCCUGGCUAGUCCUGACAGUUUGGACCAAGUGUCCAGCCCUGUAGAUAAUGAGGACCUUCCACCAUCUCAACCGUUGUCCCAGUUCAGAGGCUCCGUGAUGCCCUCUGUUGUCCGAGCACAUGCGUUCAUUACACUAGGCAAGCUUUGCCUCCAGCACGAGGACCUGGCAAAGAAAUGCAUUGCUGCCUUGGCUCGAGAGCUAGAGGUGUCCAAGGACUUGGCUGUCCGCAACAACGUCGUCAUUGUGAUGUGUGACCUUUGUAUCUGCUACACCACCAUGGCGGACAGGUACAUCCCCAACGUCUCCAUAUGCCUGAAGGACCCGGAACCUUUCAUCCGGAAACAGACGCUCAUCCUCCUUACCAACCUCUUGCAGGAAGAAUUUGUGAAAUGGAAAGGAUCCCUCUUCUUCAGAUUUGUCAUUGUUCUGGUGGACCCAAACCAGGAGAUUGCCAGCCUUGCCAAAUUCUGCUUGGUGCACCUCCUGCUCAAGAGGAAUCCGGCGAUGUUUUCCCAGCACUUCAUCGAAUGCAUCUUCCACUUCAACAACUACGAAAGACAUGAGAAAUACAACAGAUUCUCCCAGAGUGAGCGUGAGAAGGCUGUCUUUUCCCUGAAGGGCAAAGCUAACAAAGAGAAGAGGAUGGAGAUUUACAAGUUCCUGCUGGACCAUUUUACUGAUGAGCAGAGGUUCAACAUCACCUCGAAAAUCAGCCUGAACAUUUUGGCCUGCUUUGUGGAUGGAAUCCUCCCUCUCGACAUGGAAGCCAGCGACUUGCUCUCGGAUACCUUUGAGAUCCUGAGCUGCAAGGAAAUCAAGCUGUCGGCCAUGCGAUCCAGGCCAGAAGACGACCUCCAGCCGGACGAGGAUGAGCUGGCCAUGGCCAAUGCAGUUUUGCAGGUGGCCCAGAAGAAACUCAUCUCGCAAGUUCAGAAGAAGAAUUUUAUUGAAAAUGUCAUUCCCAUCAUCACUUCGCUGAAGACCUCAUUGGAGCAAAGCAGGCUUCCGGCAGUGAGAGACCUCAUGAACUAUCUCCGGGAGGUGAUGCAAGACUAUCGCAAUGAAAUCAAAGAGGUCUUUGCCAUGGACAAGCAGCUGGCCGCCGAGCUGGAAUACGACAUGAAGAAGUACGAAGAACAGCUGGAGAGGGAGUCUGAGCAAGGCCAAGAGCUGCCUGUCGAGGCGGAGGCCCUUCACGCUCUGGCCGUUGUGCAGUCUCCCACCAUGGAAAGAGCGGCACUUCCCGGAGAUCAAGAUCAAGCUGCUUCUCCAGCUGCCAGAAGAGACUUCACCUCGCCUUUGAGAUCUCCUCCUCCUUUGGCACCUAUUGGGUUUACGACUCCCAGAGCGGACAUCCUGAAGCCCAGGCCCAGGAACCGGUCCCUGAAUACCUUGGCCAUCCUCAACUCUGCUAAGAAGGCCACUGAGGCUGCUGACAAACAGCGCAGUAAGAGCAUGGGAGGAAGGCUCACAUUUCCAGGGAGCAAGCAGAGUAGUAAAGUGUCCUUUUGCAGUCUAAACCAGCCAUCUUCUGGAGCAAAUGUUUUCCUGGAAGGCCGUGCAGUCAGUACCCCCGAGAAGUCCAUUAACAAUGUGACCUUCGGGGCAGGAGUCAGCUGUAUCAGUCUAACGCACACACCAACUUCAGCUGGAGAAAAGCGAGGAGCCCAGGACCCACAGAGAGCAGAGAUCGUCUGCUUGGCGUCGCCUGAUAAGCCAUUGCCUCAGCCUCAGCAGUGGAAGAUAAAUUUUCCAGCAAGGGGAAAGAGCCCCUCAAGUAUAGGGCUGAGGAGAUCCAACCGCAAGACUCUCCAGAAACUCAGCCAAUGAAGCGCCUUCUAAAGCCAUGCCAUGUACAAAAGCAAACUCGUGUUUUAUAUCCCCUUUCUCCAACCCUUUGCAAUCUCUGAAGAUCAUUGUAAAUGUAAAUACGUUUUUAUUCCUGACUAGGGGAUCUGCCCCUGUGUGCUUUGCAUGCCAAUGCCUCCCCUAGGUCAGCAAGGCACCUCCCCUUCCCCCAGGUCACUAAGCCCCGCUUUCUCCUCCCCUCCACAAGGGUCACCAUACCUCCUUCUCUAAUUCCCCCCCCCCAGAGAGGUCAUGAAGCAUCCUCCUCUCUUUGCCUCCCUCGACGGGUUACCAAGCUUCAUGUCCAGGCAGUGCAAUAGCGAUGCAAAGGCCUGGCAGAGGUGUGCCAGUGUGUGGCUUGCCCAGGCUGCCAGCCUCUGACUUUCCCACUUGCUCUAGGGCUCUCCUACCCCCCCUCCAUGGGGCACCAACCUUCCACACACAUACGAAGGCCACCAAGCUUAACCCCCCAUCCUGCACAGGUCUUUGAGCAGCGAUGCUGAGGCCUUGCGGAGCUGCCCUUGGUUGCUCUCUCAGCAGGUCCCCCAGCCCGCCUCCCGCUGCUGCCUGGUUGCUCAAUGCCCAGAUCCUCAAGCUGCAGUUAGCAGCCUUAUAGAUUGCAGCGCCAUCUGUGUAUGGUGCUGUGAACUGCAGCGUGAUGGGUCCAAGGCUUGCUUGUGUGUGUGUGUGAGUGUGUGUGUGUGUGAGAGAGAGAGAGAGAGAUGUCAAGCUUGCUUUUGUAAUUGGUGUAUGAUAAAUGUCUGUUUUGAAA